GAAAGCAAGCCAAGCUGGGAACCACCCAAACCAGGAGGUAAUUUAUAAUUCACUAAAUCCUGGUAUAGGUGGUUUCCAGCCUGGCUUAGAAUCAAGUUAGUUCUUGGGGAAGUUUUUGAUCCAAAAUUUUGAGUGGGAUUGAAAAGCUUGGGAGCCAAUUGGUACCAAAGCGGACCAAGGGACAGGCCACCUAGUUUCUUGCAGCGACGUUAAUACUAAAAAUGCCUGAAUUGAAACCCUUCAACCAACGUUAAUACGAAGAUCUACAUCAGCAGUGGUUAGCAGUACCCAGUCUAAAUUUCAUGUUAGAUAAAAACUAAAAACGAUUAACGAGCCUAGUUAUUACUAUACAUACCGCAAGGAAUAAUGGCUUUUAUUACAAAGUUAUUUAUGCGUACGACGUCUCACUAGUUCAAGAUAGAUAAGCCGGAUAAUCAGACGCUAGUAAAGACUAAAAUUGUUGAAAAUAGCAUUACAUGCAUAAGGCCUUUAUUUUACUUGUUCACUUUCAACCCCACCCUCCCAGGGUUCUCAGGGAAGGAGGGAGAGAUUUUACUUUUGUUUUACUUAGUGAAGGAAAAUGCAAAACAAGGCCAGCCCUGAGUUCUUUGAAACCCGGAUACCUUAAACCCGCUCUCAGUGUAAAGAUUUGUUAUUAGAAUCUAUAUUUGCGCAAAAAAAAAGAAAAAAGAAAAGCCUUGCGAAAACAAAUGUAACUCAAUCGAUGACCAAGUUUUCUUUAAUUGUGCACUUGCUCCCACUGUUGCAGUUUUUCAUUAGUGUCCUCUAACUUUUAUUACCCCUUCAAGCCUUACUACUCAUGUAUGUUUCUAUUUAAUGCUGUUUUGUUUCUCUACUUGUGGUACAGCUAAAUUCGCCUGGAGGAAAAAAGGCAAGCUCGGAGCAACCUAUCUGUGUGUCACUAAAAACACUCGGUUGCGCGCGCAAAUUUGUCAACAUACAUUUAAAAUUUAACUGUGACAUUCGCGCGCAUCUUUACUCCUAACUGUGUUCACCAAACUUUUCUGAAAUACAGUUAAAAUAGCCUGAAGUAAUCCUUUCCAUUUGUUAAAUUGGUUGUAAAUCUGGGUGACAUUCAUAAACGUUUGCUUUAAUAAUGAAAAGAAGACGAGAGAGCGAGCGCGCAUUUUUGGAGUAUGCCAUACAUGUUAAUUCGAAGCCUUUAUGACGUCGAGUAAUUCGUGAGUGUAGUAACUCGACGGAGCCUUUUUGUACGACUGAGUUGUAUUUAUAUUUGGAGUCGUAAUUUGCGAUUUUUGAGGAUAUAAGUUUCACCGAAAACGGGAACAAUGGCUUCUAUAAGUGAAGGUAUAAGUAGCUAUAUAAUUAUACAAUUUUGGUCGAUAAACUCUUUCAUAAUCUUUUCUUGUAAGUCUUGCUAGCAAUAAUGAUAUUUUCAUUUACUAACAUUUGUCUUUCUUUCCACAGCUUUUCAUGUUCAACCUGGAGAGGUUAAUCCAUACUGGGAGCCACCUCCUUUACCAAAAGGUACGCUUUUUUGUUGGCUAAAAAAUAUAUUUCUCUCAGCGAAUUCCAAGUUUUUGUGCGAAUUUGCUGGUCUAAAACGUUAGCUAUCCUUAGGGGGAGGGGAACAAUAAACAUUUAUUACAAGAGAAUUAUGAAUAGAGGAAAUAAAUAGUAAGAGCCUUAAAUAUGGUAACAUAUUUGGUGGUUGUUCUUUCGUCUUUUAAAAUUGUUUUCACUCCUUGGAUUUGAGGAGAAGUCUAUCGCGUCCUCGAGGUUGCGCGCGCAACGUUUUAAUGAAAUUCUUUUUCAUUUGCCUUCUUGUCGUAAUACCAUUUUUCAAAGGAAAACAUUUCCAAAGAUAAAGAACAGUUUCGCCAAAAAAGUCUGAAAAAAUUGAAUUUUCAUGGCACUCUUUGUUCCUAAAAUGUUGAACUGAUUUUAUUCUGACAGUAUAUUUAUAAUUAAGUGUAAAUGUUUCCCCACAUCUUUUACAUGUAGGUGAUCAGAACGGUUGACGGUAAAGACUUAGGCUCCAGUCAUUAUAACUUAUUAACUAUGUUAAUUUUUUUGCCACAGCUCUUCAGAAAAAGAUUGAUGAAAAGAAUUUCGCUAAGAAGCCGGAUCAUAAAGAAGGUAGUUUGAAGCAAGUUUUUAUUUUCGUCGUUUUUUCCUAUGGAUUCUCCAUCUAGCGAUUAAUCUUUAUUUGUAUAUCAUCAAUUAAUGUGAUUGCGCUUUUCCCCACAAAGCUGUUCAGAGAGUGAGGCUUGGCAAAAUCUAAAAUUACAAAGUUCUUUUUCAAAGUAUUUUCAUUUUUUUGUGGGGAGGGGAGGGUUAAUUGUUGUUGCUCUCGACUUAAAUUUGCCGCCUUAAAUAAUUCAGAGAAUCCUGACGAUCGAACAAGUCAACCAUGAAAUGUAUUUCCUACUAAUCAUGCCGGCUUGUUUCUCGAUUUCUUCCGUAGAUUCUGAGCUUAACAUUUAUGCUCAAAUAACUCGACAACGGACCGACCUUAUUAGACCAAAAGGUACUUACUGUCGACUACCUUGUAAUCCUUUGCUGCGCAUAGAUUUUGUUAAAUAUAUAUUUUCUUCGAGUUUUGUUUCAGUAGCACUACCUUAUUGGUCUUAAAAUUUCAGCAUUUGACCAUAAAAUAUACUAUAAACUCUAGCUGAAGCUUAUAUGAGAGUAACGAAACACAUUACAAAUGAAUCGGUAACCGUAACGUUAUCAGUCCAUGCCAAUCACAUUAUUAACAAGUAUGAGUUGUGAUCGCCAGACCGUUUUAUCUGCAACUUUUCGAUUGUUUUUUAUCAGUUACAAUUUUACCUAAAAUAUUUCCAAUGAUCCGUUAGAUCUAGUAUAGUAUUUGUUCACCACUGCAUGUUCUCACUCUUGGUUAAUUGAUAUUUGUAUAACGGCAUAUAUAUUUUUUCUACAGCUAUAAGGCUUAAACCUGGCGAUAAAAAUCCGUUGCUAUGGGAAACGAACGGCGUUAAACCGCCAGGUAACGUUUCCUGAGUUUCUUCUGAAGCUGUUUUUUAAUUUACUUCUCCCCUUCACUUGUUUUCUUGUAAAAAAAUAUUUCUCAUUGGAAAAUAUUAUUCACCUUAAGGCCUAGGCGUUUUGGUUUUAUCUUCAGUUAAUCAGAUUGAAAAUGAUGGAAGAGAUCCUUACUGGAACCCGCAAGGAGAAAUCCCGUUCGGUUACUACGGCGUUCAGGUAAUUGAUUAUUUGUAAAAGGAAAACCCUGUCCGUUAACAAUGAAGUCUGUUCCCAGGGUUCUCUCCUCUCCCUUAGAACAGUGGGGCCGAGCUUGGUUGGUAGAAAGUAAGUUGGGAUAGCCUUUUAAAUGUUGUUCCUUGCUCUGAGCUAAGGAAAGCCAUUUCUUGGAUCUUGAAUCUUUUAUUAUUCUCUCAGUUAGUAGAUAGAGUCAAAGUGGUCUUUUUGUAAGCAAAAUCAAGGAAAUCCGGCAUACUGAAAUUUGACUGCAAACUUAGUUCAAAGGCAAAAGACCUUUCACUCCCUGCAAAAUUAUCAAACUUAUUAUUUUAAGAAGACAUAAACUGAGACUAUUACAUGGCUGACAGUAGGGUAUUAUAAAAGUUAAAAUAUUUUUCUUUCCAGCCCGUUCCUGUUCAGUACCAACAGUUCCCGUAUAAUCCUGCAGUUCAGCAAGGUUGGGCUGGCGGAAUUCAACUGCAGCCAGGUCAUGCCCCAUUUAUGUAAGUUUUUACUUUUUACGCACCUAUCCACAAGCCUUUUAUGCAAAUAUGACGUCCACGUUCUGCUGUUGUCAGGUAAACAUUCAUAGUAAAUCUAUGAAAUUGGCUCAGACAGAAUCAAAUUGUCCACAUAAAUAAUGCUAUCAUCAGUUUUCAUGUUAGCUCCAUAUUAUUUUGUCCCACAGUCAACCAUACUGGACUACGACUGCAGCACAACAACAAUAUGCAGCUCAACAGCAAUUUGCCGCAAUGCAAGCUCAGCAAUAUGCAACACAGCAUCAGCAAGUUGCGACACAGCAUCAGCAAGUUGCGACACAGCAGCAGCAAGUUGCGACAGAACAGCAGAACGAUGCAACACAGCAGCGGAAAGUUACCACAAAACAUCAGCAAGGUCCGAAACAACAACAAGAUGAGGAAAAGAAACAAGAAGAAAAGACUUGCACCACCAAGACUAUUGAAAAACGUCUCGAGUAGGUUUUAGUUUGUAGGUGACAAUUCCUGCUGGCGAAUUUAUUUGUCUUAACGUUAGCGGCGUUUAUAACUGCUUGAAGUGUCAAUGCAGUUACAUGUAUACAUUUUACCUGAACUUGGCAAAGAUAACCGGCACAGCAUUUUUAUUAAACAAAUAUCUCAGUUCUUUUAAUCAUUUGUGCAAUACUUGAUAAGCAUACAUUUGAUUGUAGGCUCCUUUUCUGGCUAUUUAAGAGAGCUUCAUUUGACUGAUCCGAUGAAAGCAAUUUCUUCUUUAGCAUGCGUGGGGUGAAACCGAACGCGUGCGCAGAAACGGUAGCAAUCUCGUCACUAAUGCCCUCGGAUCUUACGGCUAGCCUGUACACAGACACUCUAUUUUCUCUUCAAAAUCCGUCGAGCGCGGGUGAUAAAAUAUAAACGGCAGGGGAUUUAUUGACCGCUAGCGCAAGGGGGUAGUGGUGUUUCUUUCUCGCGCUCCGCGCUCGUUUUCACGCGCUCAUUCGCCGAUGUUUUAGAGAAGAACGAAAAGAAAAAUAAAACAACGUCUGUGUAGAGGCUAAUGGCUAGAUAGGGGGUCCCCAAUACAGUGUUUUCACUCACGUGGCCAGCAUCUUUGGAAAUUUAUGGAAACAAAGGAAAGCCUUUGCAUAAGAAAGGAAUUCAACUCCCACAGGACUGGUUUGGGACACCAACAUGGCCGCCGUUUCAUUCUUUUGGGACACCAAUAUGGCCGCCGUGACGUCAUGUGAAAACACUCUAGGUUUUUCGGGAUCCGAUAGUUCCCUUAUUUGAAGCUCGGGAUUCGAGGUUUUAAAACACAAUCGAACGAGAUUCGGGAUUUUAAGUAUGCACCUCAGUUAGAAUGCCCGAAUGACCCGCGGAAUUACGGGAUUAAAGAACCCUAAUGGGAACUUUCGUAUAUAACCAAGGCUAAAGUAUUUGCUCUGUUUUUUACACAGAGAAAUGAAACAAACUCUGGAUAAAGAAAGAGAGGAAUUCUCCCUGAAAUUGAAACGACAAUCAAGAAGAGUCAGUGAUCUUGAAAUCAAAGACAAACAACAACAAAAUGAGGUAGGAUAGGAGUCAAGGACAAUUGUGAUAAAUAGAGAACCCACAAAAGUCUUCUGACAGGGUGUCCUGAGAGAAGUAGAUGAUACCGCUGUUUUUAUGUCAAUUAUGUGAUAAACUAAGGGAUUUUUAGACAUAUUCAAAUUCUCCUGUGGAGUUAGGAAGAAGAUAUCAAACAAACAAAAAAAAAGUUCUGUUGGCAGGCCGGUUGUACUGUAUCAGUUCUUCUUUUACUGUAACUAAUAUAGACUUGAAAAAGAAGCCAGAAUUGACGGGUAAUCAGUUUCUCCUCAAUGGGAAAACCUUGAGUAAGCAACAGGCAGAAAGCAGUGCUCGGAAAUACUUGUUUGCCGUUUGUUAUGACUUUUCAUGUACAAGGAUAAUAAUUAGUUCAGUAAUAACUAGAUAUAUUUCGUAUACAAUUUACGCAGAUCAAGGAACAGACAAAAGCAAGAGAGAUUGCGCAGGACAUGUAAGAACAUUUUUAAUACCGUAGACUAUUUCGAUUCAGGGGUCAGGGGCGGAUCGUGGAUCCAGGAAUUUUUAAUUGGGAAAGGAGGGGGAGUGGUUCAGAAAGGCCUGUUAAACUUUUUUGUGGCAAAUUACUUCUCACAGAGACGACCACGUGUUUCUCAACCUGUGAACGCCGGUCGCCAUUGGCGCCGCAAGUACUGCUUUGCGAGCAGAAGCGAACAGAUCAGAUCAUAGGAGGGUAGACAAAAAACAAUUACAUUUUUAAAUCGCUGUGGUUAUGGCGCGUUCAUGAAAAAACGGUGAUAUACGAUUCUGUCGAUGAAGAACUGCAGCUCUAAAAAAGCGUCAGGUCUGAGGGGGGUUCUGACCCCCAAGGCCCUCCCCCUGGAUCCGCCACUGGUGGUGGAAAAUAUUUAAUGUAUGAUCAUGUCCAAGAAUCUCCCUGCUGACAUCAGGGAUAUUUUUAUUUUCCUUGUAAAUUCAAGGUGGAAGAAAAUUGAGGAGGAGAAGAAUGCCUUGGAUGCCAUGAAGCAAUCAUUGGAGAAGGAAGGCGGCAAGAUAAACCGGGUUCUCUUGGUAUGACUUUUUUCUUAUUCCUUAAAACGUUAACAAAUUUGUAGUCUCCCUUGCAGCCGUUUUUACUGUCGUGACGCAUGACGCUCCUCCCCCACAAACGACUACCAGCUUUGAGGCAUCGAUUGAUUAAACGAAAGUUUCAAGCUAAUUUAAAGUUUAUUCAUUUCUUAGAAAACAGAACGUGACCUUUCGAAAGCACAGGAGAGGAUCCUUAAUUUGGAAGCUGAUAAUGAAGCACAAAGAAGAAAGCUCGAGAAAUUCACAGAUGAAUUAUCUCAGGAAUUUUCCGCACUUCGCGCCACUUAUAACGAGGUAAGUGGAAUUUAUGGGACACCUCUCCAGAACACACGCCUAAAAGGCACCAAAAGUUUGUAAAGGACAGCUCUUGUAUUUAUUGGCUUACACUGUAUACAUGUACUUCUGAUUUUGUGUCUUUUGUUUUCUUUCUGCGAUGCAAAGUUACAAGAAAGGCUGCGAGUUGAAGAACUGUAAGUGCUUUAUCUCUUUUACUUUUAGAAAUUGUAUUAACUGAAUAAAUCUGAACAAAUUGAACAAAUUUUCAGAAUUACCUUCAUUUUCUGUUGUGAAGCUGCAAUGAAGGCUUUUAUGAAACGACAUAGAAAGAGGCCAUUAAAAGCAUUUAAAUAAAAAAGGGAAAAAAUAACAAAAUUGAUUCCAGGAAAAACUAAAAAUCUGUUGUAUUCUAUAGGGAUAAAAAUAAGUGACAAGGACCUGGCGAACGUCUUUGAUCUUGAGUAAAUUAUAACUCACAUCCCAUGUGGUUUAUUGGUUUUUACAGUAGAUAGAUACCUACUCCCAGUCGGUACCUAAGCUUUAGCAACGGCACCACAAUAACUGAUUAUUUCUUUAAAUUGUUUUAUUUUAGCACCGCUUCACAGACCAUACAUGGACUGAAAGAUGAGGUACCUUGUCUGUAGCUUGAACGCACUGAAUAUAGGUUCUUUUUUACAAAAAAUUGAAAACAGUUUUGAAAGCGUACAUUAGCAUACAUUAGCAUUAGACAAAGCAGAAGAAUUUUGGAAUCGCGGCGGGAUUAACUCAGGCGGUAGAGCGUUUGCCGAUCUGAGCUGCAGAGCGGGUUGUUCCCGGUCCCGGACCAGUACUCAGGGUCGUAAAUUAACUUAGAAAUGAAGGCUGGAACUUUGCGUGGUUCGGACGAUCACGGCGACGGCGGCGGUCCCGUCUCCAGGAGAAGACGUAAAAAUAGUUUCCCCAAUGAGUACUUUUGUGCUAAAUACAUUGACAGUCAUGUAACGCGCAUUUUUAUUGUUAUUCUUUUCGUCUUUGCAGUUUAGUAUGAAAUGCUAACGAAAGAUUUUCAAACUUGCAGGUCGCUUAUUUCAAAUCAUCUUAUCAGAAAACCACCGAGGAGUAAGUAAAACAUUCUUAGGUAGAAUAAAUCCUCGAGGUUUCUUUUUCGGCAUAACACGGGCCAUCGGCGCAAGAAAUGUGCCUGCAUGCGGAAAGUAUUUCGAUCUUGAAGUUGAGUUCAAAUUUCUCGACAAUGCAAGUUUGUAAUAACAAAGAUCCGUUUGUAUAGUUUUGACGGUUGUUUUCGAUACUAUACUGAAUCUUCGCAGAAUCAAAGACUAAUGAUAUGUUGCUUCGCCCGUUAAGCUUUGAUUUAUGUGGAGUCAGGAGGUUUUGGCAUUGCCUUUUUAAUCUCGUUGGCCGCGAAGCUGACCAAAAGCAUCGAAGCUUUGAGAACGAAAACGCAACAAUAAUAUAAACAACAAUAAUAUGAUAAUAGUAUAUCUAGCAGGCUUUACGAGGUUAAUUCGAGGUUUAUGUAUGUACAUGGCACUCUAUUUUACUGUCAUUUGACGAUUGCAUACUUAUUGUAUUUAUGGUAACAUUUUGUGACGAUUCUUUUGUAACGGUUUUCAUCCAGAAUAAAGAAGACCCACGGUUGUACACGGUCGAAAAAAAGUUGUUCUGAAGAAUUCUUAUCAUUUUUAUAACAUACGUGAUGCACGUUCUGUCUUUCUAAAUAGUAUGUUAUAAUAAAUAACAAUAUGUUGUUUGUAUUUUAUUUCAGUUUAGGCAUUGCUAAUCAAGAGCAACGUUCCUUGGCCCAGCGGUGUGAGUUGUGGAAGAAAAGCUCUCACGAAAAGGAUUUGGUUUGUGAACGUGCAGAGAAAGACAAAGCUGUUCUGUCUGAGAAGAUUCAGGUGAGAAGAAUAAUAACUACUUGAUUUUUUAAGUGGAAAAGUAUAGCUUUCAUUUAUGACCUUAAAUACAUCUCUCGAAAGACUGGAAGCUAGUCAGAUUGGUUUGCUCAACUCAGUCGGAAGGCCUUUCUUCUAAGGCCUCUAAAAAUUUUUAAGAGUUGACUACAGAUAGAUAUACCAUUUGAAAUCUACGUUAACGAAGUUCUGGCAAUCUUUAAUGCGACAGCUUUUCUUUGAAUUGUCAGAGAUGAAGGAUAAAAAGUACCCGAACAAAGUAUGAAUAGACUUAAUCAGUUACCGUGACAAUAUUUGGUUAGAAGGACAAAGGUCAAAAGAGAAUGCUAUUCUAUUAUUGUAAAUGGAUAUUUGACCAAUCAGAGCGCGCUUUACCUUAUAUUGAAAUUAAUUGAUACUUAUUAUUAAUUUUUCAUACUUAAAUAGUGAAUUCGAAAAAAACAAAAAAAACAAAAAACAAAAAAACAACAACAGUGUUGUACGUUUUCCUUUUCUUUUUUUGAUGGCAUUGUGAAUGUUUGUAUGUUAUUUGUGUUCUUUUUGUGGUUGUAAUAUAAAAAUAUAGUGUACAUAGCCGUCGAAAUUUGUUUGGAUACUUUGUGUUUUGUAGUGUUUUUAAAUUUAUUUGUUACGUUUUUAUUUGCAUUCACUAUUUAAGUAUGAAAAAUUAAUAAUUUAAAAUGUGAAAAUAAUUGAAACUUACUUCUUCUUCGCAUAGAGGGUACCAGCGAUGCACAAACGGAGGAUGACCUCUCCAUGAAAUAGAGAACAUUUUUUAAAAAAGUUUAUUUUUGACACGAACCUCGAUUGUGAUCCUAACUUAAUCCCUUCUCUUUUGUUUUAUACUUUAGUCUGAGAAGGCAGCAAAGAUUGAACUGCAAGAGUAAGUAACUCCCUUGUCAUCCUUGGCCGCGAUCAAAUACGGUCUACAGCAACUUUAGAAAUUUUUUAAUUUAGACCUAUGGUCUGAGCUAAGAGUGCAUGUUUUAAAAUAAAGUUAUUGUCCUUUAGCCCAAGUUACAUCCAGGAUCAAAAUGGGCCACACAUGCACUUCUGGCUUUUUCUUAAACUUUUUGUGCAGUUAGGCAAACGUUUCACGAUGAAAAUUUCAAAAGCGGCAGAACAAGCUACUUGUUAUUAAGCCAAAAAAUAAAAAUGACGAUUCUAGUAUUUCUAACACUCGAUAAAAAGGCUGAACCUUACCAGCGAAGGCCUGUAGGAGUCGUAAUUACAAGGCCAGAGGUUUAUGAUGUUUAGUGAAACCAGCGUUUCGAAGUGAGUUUGUCGGAUUGGUAAUCAAAGUCGGAAGAGCUAAAUCAAUCAAUAUAUGGCAGCAAAAUUAAUGGUAACUAAUAUUUUGCAUAUAUUGACUGAUUUAUUCUUUCGCUAGCUGAAAAAUGUUGACAUGAACGGACGGACAAGGUAGAAGUGUUGAUUUUUAUAAAGAAAUUGGCUUAUACUUUCGCGAACAUAACAGUCCGAAAUUCCGAAAUAGUUACAUGCCUUCGCUACCCAGAUGUUACAGGUCUGUAAGUUUGACCGUUAGGGAUCUGGGUGCGAGAUGUUUCAAGACGAGUCCAAGUCUAAGGGUAACAUGUAGGUAGGCAUAUUAUUUAUUUAUUUAUUCGUUUAUUUUUUUUUCUGUUUAACCUCUGUCGUUUUCAGAAAUAACAAGACCCUCAGGGUAGAAUUAGCUGCAUUCAAGAAGCAAAACGUUCUGCUUAUGCAAGAAGUUGAACUUCUCAAAGAACAGGUGGGUAAAUAAAAAAUUGGAAUUUGUCUUUAAUUGUUUUUUGGAAAGAUUUUUUUCCGGAGAAUUUUUCCAGUUUAACAUUAUCUUAUGAUGUACGGAUUGAGUUUAGUAAGUUUUUACAGACAUAGUCCGAUACAUUUAAAAAUUAUUGAUUAAAGCUGUUCUCUCCUUUUCAGAAUUACAAUCUGCGAUAUUAUGGUGGAGUAAUUGGAAAAUUCCGAAGGAUGAAACGCUUCAUCGUAAAUACUUUUCGACGAUUUUCAUCAUAACAAGCUAUAUUUUGGAUAGGGUGUAGGGGGGAGGGGGAGCUUACAAGCUAUAUUUUGGAUAGGGUGUGGGGGGGGGGAGGAGGGAGUUACAAGCUACAUUUUAGAUAGGGUGUGGGGGGAGGGGGAAGGGAAAAAACUAUUUUUGUGACUGAAACCUUAGUUAAAUCUGCUCAGAAAAAUGGAGAUGACUGAUUUGUUUAAAAACUCGCAUUUAGCAGUAACUGGUUUAAAAACUGUGCAACAACUGCUAUCGUAAACUUACAACCUAUAUUUUAGAUAGGGUGGGGUGGGUUUUUUUGGGGGGGAAGCAAGAGGGUAACGAUAUUCUUGUGACUGAAAACGUACCAUAGAUAAAUCUACCGAGACGAAUGAAAUUGAUUGAUCUGUGUAAAAAAAACUGCUAUUUACUGCUAUUAGAUCCUGUCUAACGAUUUUCAUCAUAAGUUUACCAGCUAUGUUUGGGACAGGGUGGGGGAUGGCAAAAGAGAAAAGAUAUUCUUGUGACGGAAAUCUUUCUUUUGAUACAUCUGCUGGGAAAAGUGACAAUAACUGAUCUGUCUUAUCUUUCUCAAUAACUACUGAAGAUAAGUUGUCUAAAAGGGACAAGGUCACGGUAUUUUAGAGAUCUGUAAAUGUGCAUAUUCUUAAAUUUCAAAUCCAUCAAAGAAACUCCCAACUGUUGUACCUUGAUCUCACCCUGUCUUGGCCGCGCGAGAGCUGGGUUUGAGAUUAAGAAAUUCGCCUUUCUGGAUAAAAUCAUCAUCAGAUACCACUUGAAAUAAAUAGACCACUCCUUCAACGUUUAAGUCGCUAUAAAGAUGAUAGGUAUUAUCCGAUGCACAUUCGCAACAGUUUCUUUCGUUUUGAUCACCAACAACUUUUAGCUUUACUGAAUUUCUUUGUAUUGCACAAUAUUUUAGUACAAUUAUCGUAAAUAAUAUGAACUAUCGUAAAAACCGUACUUGCUUGAAGGUAUAGUAAGGAGUUGGCGAGAAUAAUGACAGGGCCGUAGCUGUACUUUCAAAAUGGAGAUUGAGACAAAAGCUUUGUAUUGAAGAAGUAUUAAAGGGUAUUCUUUUUCUUUCAAUAUUACUCGAUCCACAUCCGCCUUGGUUUUCUUACUUCGUGAUCAUUCCUAUUUAUAUCUACUUUAUUUCUAUGCUGCAUGUUCUACAAUUUCAUGAUUUUAUUUUAGUAGUAUAUCCCAUCCUAGCUUGGUACGUCAAAUAAUUAGAACUCAAACAGAUGGUUUUGGAAAAAGAACAACUAACAAAUUAAACUGAAGAAAACAAUUACAAUGUACCAAAAAAUGGCCAUUAAACAACACAAAACAACAACAGCAAAAAAAAAACAAAAAACAAACAAAAUAAAACAAAAAAAAACAAAACAAAUAUUAAAAAAAGACGACAACAAAAAAGAAACAAACAGAAAAAACACACACAGAAAAAAAACCAAAAUAUAAAUAAAAAAAAUAGAAAAAAAAAGGUUUAACUAGCUGUGGUUUUGACUUGUUGUAUUGGCCAAUAUCAGUUAGCGUGAUAUUCUCAAGUUGUAAAAACUCGCUUGGAAGAUAAAGAUGGACAAACACCCCAUUCAUCACUGAGUGUGUGCAGUGUCUACACGCUUCCUAAUGAAUAAUUUAGUUCUAUCAGACAAUACAAAACGUUUGUCUCAAUCACCGUUGUGAGUCCAGCUACGACCCCUGACAGUAACUCCUUUAGGAAGUACAUUACGAUUUUGUUUUCUUCCGUUUCAUCCAUUUUUAGCUUUAAUUACUGCAUGUAUUUCGCUGAAAUAGUCAAAACUCUAGAUUGACCUGUUCCUCAAAUACUAAAGGCGCACGUAAAUUUUCAACAAAAACAACUACAACGAGCAAUAAAAAAUCAAUAAAAAAGAGCUAUAUGGUAAAAAAAAAAAAAAAAAAAAAAAAAAAAAAAAAAAAAAAAAAAAAAAAAAAAAAAAAAGCAAAAAGAAAAUAAAGAAAAACAACGACACACAUAAAAAAUAUAAUAAAAUGUGAACUGAAAACCAAAAAAAAAACUAAAAGCAAAACAAAAAACAAAAGAAAAAAUUUAAAAAAAGAAAAAAAUCGUUGUAGAACAAAUUCAAAUACAGCAAACUUGUUUUUACUGUUUGUUUAGACUAAGGCCUUAUCUCCACACAUAUUCGGUUAUUUUUCAAAGCGGAGAUUUUUCCUCUCAGUUUUCCAAAAACAGUACGCGUCCACACUUAGAAAUGUGAUCGAAAAACUUACAGGGCAUGCCCUGUACGAUGACUGUAUGAGAUCAUCGACAAAAACGAUAAGCCCGCGUUUUCAAAAAUCUCCACUUUAGAGAGUGGUUUUGAGUGCGUUUUUUCGGUGACCGUGUACAGCAGAUACGUGCAUGUAGACAGCAGGCCAAACGGGAGAAAAGAAAUCUCUGUUUUCGAAGAAAAUCGGAUAUGUGAGACGAGGCUAAUACUAGUUCGGACGAUAUUAUCACGUUGUAAAACUUUGCCCAUAGUAUCGCAAGGAGUUGUGUUAGAUUAAAAAGAUGUUAUGGAGUUUGAAUUGGUGUUGUGUUUUCUAGCUUUAAACAAACGUUGCUUGGAGCGGGUGAGAUGGUAAGAGCUUCAUUUCCCUUUUGAAGUUUAAAGCAAAGUGUCUCAACUUGUCUCAACUGCUUUUGUCCCUGCGGAUUGAAACUAAAAAAAAUGUCAUCAUUAUCUGCGGCUGUUAUGCCAUUCUCGACCCCAGUGCUGACGGGUUUGGGAAUGCGCAGAAGAGCCCUGGGUCGAAAUGGUUGUUAUGCUUGGUUUGCAGUCACAUGACAAGGGGGCCAUGUUGGUGGUCAAUACAAUAAACAAUGUUUUGAAGAAUUUAUAUGAAUAUUGUUUUUAGUUCCUAGUGGAGACAAACAAUUUUGUUUGUGAUCACCAACAUGGCCGCUGUGACGUUACGUGCAAACCAGCAAUGCAAUAGGUCACUUCAGAGUUCCAAGAACCCUCACUUUCAAAAUGAGGCCAAGUGCACAACCUUUCUUGUGAAAGUGAGUCUUAUUUGCAUGAGAAUGAUAAAUCAUUUUCAAAUCAAAGGUUAAGCACCUACCCUCGUUUUGAUACAGAGGCCAGGGGGAACUCGGAAAUGGCCUAUUACUUUUGAAUAUGAGCAGUACAAUAUUAUAGAGCGUUUUCACUUACGUGGCCAGCAUGAAUGCAAAUUUAUUGGAAGAAAUUAACAAUUAGUUCAUGCGUCAGCGUGCGUAUGUCGAGAUAUUGAGCACGCAGGAAGUUUGCAGAGCACGAAAGAGGCAUAAGAGUUGCUCGGGGCGCAGCUGAGAGCAACUCUAGCCUUUUAGUGCUCUUCAAACUUCCCAAGUGCUCAAUAUCUCGACAUACCCACUGCUGAGGCAUGAUCUAAUUGUUUUAUAUCAUUAUCAAAGCGAUCAACACAGCAGUUUACUUAAAAUUUUAUUACUGUAGGGCGCGCUCAAGGCAGUACGCUUCAAUGUUUAUGUUACGUAACUAUAUUUUUUUCUGAAACGGAGGGAAAGUGUAAUCUAAAAAGAUUGUCAAAUCCACAUUGAGGUGCCUAAAAACUAUUAAUUCAACGAAAAAUUAUUUUUGAGACAAAUAACUUUACAAAGAAUGAUUUCACGCCAUAGCCCGCACAGCUCGCGGAGAUGACAACAACAACGUAACAACAACAACACUCACCUCUUUUUCCAACUAUCGGGUUAGCAAAUUCAAAAGUUUUCUCUUAAAUGUCCUUAUAAAACACAUGGUAAACGCUUCAUCGUGUACUGCUGAGUUAUGGAUGCUCUCAGGAGACGUCUUGGCAGGAUUGCUAAGCUCACAGUAGCUUGAGGAAUGGUUUAUUGACGUCAUCAACGUGCUCAAUGGGAAUAUAUAGCAGGCUCGCGCUAUUGAAUUUGAUUAGGCAAAUUUUGUAGCUAUGUUUUAAAGAAAGCUUUUACAUAAGAAAAGAGUUCGACUCCCUCAGGAUUUUCUUGGUACACCAAUAUGGCUGCCGUUUCAUUGUUUUGGAACACCAAUAUGGCGGAUAUUGUUGGCCCAACAACGUUGGGAGUUGUUGCGUCCGUUUGCACACAGCUAAAAAUUUGACCAUUUUCAAACCUAAUCCGAAGACCGGUCAUUUUUUAAAUGAGAAAACACGAAACCAUUUCAUCUCAAGUACAGGCGACCCAAGCUCGGUGCAUAAAUUACCGCGAGUUUCUAUAUAGGUGGUUUUCACGUUACGUCAUCGCCGCCAUGCUGUGGACAGUAAACAAAAGAUUGCUCAUAAGCUCGUUUUGUUUGUCCACCAGCAUUUGUUCAUUUCACCAUUGUUAUUUGUGUCUCCCGAGAUUGCAUGAAAACCACCUAUUGCUUUGCAUAUUACGAACGUUUAAAAGACUUUAAAGAAAGAUAGGCAUAAAUGAAGAAAUAAAUUAUAUUUACGUACUUACUUGGGCCUGCUGUCGCUUUAAUUUUUUUGUGUGUAACCUGGGAUCAAUUCAGGGCCAAGCGGCUUGUUGUUUGUUCGGUGCUGUUUUCCUUCAUAAGGAAGGAAGACAGGUGACUGUGCAGUCUUAACUUACAAAUCUCUCCCGCGUCAAAGAACCGUGCACCGAUCGGCGAUUCACUGUCUUUUAUCUUUUCUCAUCGUCAUGGGUAUUGCGAUGUGUUUUUAGUAGGAAAAUGUUUUGAAAGUUUCUGGUUCUGAGCAAUCUGAGCAAUCGACUGACGUGCGCUCAGAAAACUCGAUAACUACGUGUUGCGCGGUAAACGCGAACAUUUUACGCCCUGCCUACGCGCAUCCUUAUUUGUUUGAGAACGCAAGUUUUUUCUCCGUUUUCAAAAAAAUUCGCGUCCACUCGUAGAGUUUUCGCAUAGUUUACGCCUGUUCACAUGUAUACCAUGAAUCGAUUUGAAAACGAUAACUUACCCGACUGCGCAUGCUUGACGCUUACGUGUUCGCCAUCAUGAGCCCGCGAAAUAAUAAGUGGCGCCAUCUUUAAAUUUCUUUGGUGUGGGUUUAUAUUGUUGUGAUGUUCUUGAAAGUCGCAGAAACAGUUUAAAAUGUCAAAAUCAGGACACUAAAACAAAGUCAAACUAAAGGGGGAUCCAACCUUCCGCAUCUUUACACCGGUAGCGAAAGUAACCUGAUAAUGUUCUGCCGCCCCCUGGAAUAAUCAGCUUGAAGAAUUAAAUUUGAAAACAAGCAAUUCGGUUAGAAAUAAGCCCAAGUGAAAGCCCAAGUAUGAAAGACAAGGAAGGGAUGCGCCCGUCCGCCAUCUUGAAUAAGUUUCUAAUAUUGUGCGGAGUGGAUUGGAACUGAUAGUGUGUCCUCAGCGUUUUCGAAAAAGUUCCGGUUUUCGUCUGUCCAUACGUACACAGAACAGAACUCACCGAUAUCUGACAAGAAAAAUUGGGUCCCCAAAUCGAAGUUUGGAUGCGUUAAAACUGCUCUAAAUGUAAAGAUACAAUAUCAGAGUCUGCAUUUGCGCAGAAAAAAAAUAAAAAAUCCUUGCGAAAACAAACGUAACUCAAUCGGCAAUCAAAAGUUCACUGUAAUUGUGUACUUCCUCCCACUGUUGCAGUUUUUAAGUUGUGUCCUCUAACUUAUAUUACCCCUUCAAGCCUUACUACUCAUGUAUGUUUCUAUUCAAUGCUGUUUUGUUUUUCUAUAGCCGCGGUACAGCGAAAUUCGCCUGGAGAAAAAAAGAGAAGCUCGGAGCCACCUAUAUGUGUGUCACUGAAAACACUCGAUUGCGCGCGCAAAUUUGUCAACAUUUGAAACUUAACUGUGUCAUACGCGCGCAUCUGUAUUCCUAACUGUAUUCACCAAACUCUGUGAAAUGCAGUUAGACUAGCCUGAAGUAAUCCUUUCCAUUUCUUAAAUUGGUUGUAAGCUCGGUGAAAUUCAUAAACCUUUGCCUUACAAUGAAAGAGAGGCGAAAGCGCGCGCGCGCAUUUUGGAAUAUGCCAUAUAUGUCAAUUCAAAGCCUUUAUGACGUCGAGUACUUCGUGAGUGUAGUAACUUGAUUGAGCUUUUUUGUACGACUGAGUUGUGUUUAUAUUCGGAGUUGUAAUUUGCGAUUUUUCGGGAUACAAGUUACACACAAAACGGAUACAAUGGCUUCUAUCAGGGAAGGUAUAAGUAGUUACAUUAUUUUAUCGGUUGUCCUCGAAUUAUACAAUUCUGGUGGAAAAACUAUUGACUAUUUUCCCAUUCAUUUGAUUUUGUAAGUAAAUAUUUCCCAUUGCAAUAAUUAAUCCACUUAAAUGCGUUUUGGUUUCUCAGCUGAUCAGAUAGAACCUGGUGAAGUAUUUCCUUACUGGGACCCUCUUGAACCAGGAGAAAUCCGGCGUUACUAUGGAGUUCAGGUAAUUGAUUAUUUGUAAAGCGAAACCCGGUUCGUUAAAAACGUUGUCCCCAGGGUUCUCUCCUCCCGGUCCCAAUCUCGCUCCGCAGGUAGGGGGUAGCAAAGGACGUUGGGAACGGGCUUGGUUCGUAAAAAGUACGUUGGGAUAGCGUUUUAUAUUUUCGUUGCUCUGAGCUGAGGAAAGCCAUUUAUUAGAUCAUGGAUCCCCUAUUAUAUUCUCAGUUAGCAGAUCAAGCCAAGGAGGUCUUUUAUCAAAGAAACCACAAAUUUGAGCAAGUAGGAAACUUAACAAGUCGAAAGACAUUCUACGCUAAAAUUUCGAUCAUAUUUUCUACUAGAAGAUAUAUUAAAAGAUUAUUGCAUUGCUGACAGUGGGAAUGUCAAAGUUUUCCGUCUGAAGUAUUGACUUUUUUUUCUAGCCCGUUUCCGUUCAGUACCAACAGUUUCAGUAUCCUGUUGUUCAACAAGCUUGGGCUGGAGGAAUUCAACUGCAGCCUAGUCAGGGCACAUUUAUGUAAGUUUUUAUCUUUUAUUCAUCUAACCAUAAGCCUUUUACGCAAAAUGUCCUCCAUGGUCUGCUGUCGACAGGUAACACUCCUAGUAAAUUUACGGGAUUGGUUCAAGCAGAAAAAAAUUGUUCACAUAAGUCCCUGAUUGCUGUUAGUUUUCACUUAAGCUAAAACAUUAUUUUGUCACACAGGCAACCAUGCUGGACUACGACUGCAUCACAACAACAACAUGCAGCUCAACAGCACUUUGCCACAAUUCAUGCGCAGCAGUAUGCAACACAACAUCUGCAAGUUGCGACACAGCAGCAGUGUGCGACACAACAUCAGCAAGUUGCCACGCAAAGGCAGCAAGUUGCGACAAAACAGCAGAAAGUUGCGACACGACAGCAGAAAGUUACAAAACAACAGCAGAAAACUGGGAGACAGCAGCUAGAAGCGGAAAACCAAGAACAAGAUGAAAACACCGGGACGACCAAGACUAUUCAACAACGUCUUAAGUAGGUUUUACUCAGUUUCGCAACCGAUUUAUAAAGUGUGCAAUGACCUUGUUACAAAAUACAUUAUCUUAAUUAUAUCAGUUUGUAGUUAACACAUUCCCGAAAUUAAUUUGUCUCAGUAACGUCUAACUGCUUGAAGUUCUAAUGAAAUUUACAUCUGAGAGUGGCAAGACUCCUUUUUUUUAUCAAAAAGGGAUUUAAUGUUUCAAUCCUUUGUGCAAAACCUGUUAAGAAUACAUUUGAUUCUGGGCUCCAUUUCCAUGCAAUUCCACCCUUUAGCAUACGAUGAAGUCGAACUCGGGCGCACAAAGGAUAAUUAAUUAAACCUAAUGUACGUGAUCUGCUAUUGCUUUACACAGGGAUAUACAAGAAACUCUGCGCAAAGAAAGAGAGGAAUUCUCUCUGAAAUUGAAACGGCAAUCAAGAAGAGUGCGUGAUCUUGAAAUCAAAGACAAUCAUCAACAAAAUGAGGUAAGAUUUGCGCCGAGAUCAGUUACGAAGCAUGGAGAAUCCAGCAAAGUCUUUUGACAGGGCGCUCACUGCCUUCCAUUCCAAGAGAAGUAAAUAAUAUUGCUGUAUUUAGUCAAUUCUGUGAUACAGGCAUUACUAAGUGCCUUUAGCCAUACAAAUAUACGACUGUGGAAGAAGAUUAUCAAACCAAAAAAACGCUCUUCUUGCAGGUUGAACUGUUUUUUUAAUAGCGAACAUGGACUUCAAAAAAAACCUAAUUUUAAUUUUGGGGAACCAUUUUGUCCUCAGUGGAAAAAAACUAGAGUAGCAACGAGAAAAACAGUGCGCGGACAUACUUAUUUACUAUAUAGUUUUAAUAGUGAGUGAAUGACCAGAUUUAUUUCUUAUACAUUUCACGCAGAUCAAGGAACAGACAAAAGCAAGAGAGAUUGCCGAGGACAUGUAAGACUUUUUAUCAAUGCCGUACUAUUUCGAUUUACUUUAAUGAAAAUUUUAUGUGAGAUCUUGAAUGAAAAUCGUCUUUACUGACAGCAGCGAUUUUUUUUCUUUCCUCAAUUCAAGGUGGAAAAAAACCGAGGAGGAGAAGAGUGCUUUAGAUGCCAUGAAGCAAUCGCUGGAGAAAGAAGGCGGCAAAAUCAAUCGAGUUCUCUUGGUAAAUUUUAUAUUAAGCUGAGCAUGGCUUUCUUAAAGGGGACCUUGGCUCGAAGAUGUUGCUGGUUGAGGUCAAUUCCGCGCUGAACUCAUGACUUAGCGCUUUUACUCCUCCUACACAAAAUGCUCCUUUAGAGUUAUGAAGAAGAUACAAAACGAAUUUAAUCACGAGGGCACUAAACAUAAUAAUUUCCCGAUGGUUUUUGCUGGCAUAGCAUUAUAACUUGAGAACGUUGGCCCAACGUUUUCAAGUUUUACUGAUCCAUGCUAGUCCUUGCCAUCUUUAGAAACAGACGACAGGAAACAGUUUCAAUGCCUAAAUAUAGUCUUACAUAACAAAAGGAACUCGACUGAUGCGAAGACAAGUUUUAGCUUUUAAAAAGAUAGCAAAUGGCUUGACACUAGCCCCAUAUGAGGCAUCCAUUGUUAUAAGAAAGUCCAACCUAAUCUAAAUUUCAUCAAUUUCUUAGAAAAAAGAACGCGAACUUUCGAAAGCGCAGGAAAGGAUCCUUAAAUUGGAAGCUGAUUAUGAAGCUGUAAGGAGCAAGCUCGUGAACACAGAUGAAUUAUCUCAGGAAAUUGCCUCGAUUCGGGCCCUCUAUAAAGAGGUGAGUAGACUGAUCCGAACGCUACCUCUAUGCUAUGGUUUCCACAGGACGUGGUAAGUAAGUAAGUAAGUAAGUAAGUAAGUGAGUGAGUGAGUGAGUGAGUGAGUGAGUGAGUGAGUAAGUAAGUAAGUAAGUGAGUAAAGGCUAUAUUUUAAGAGGGCAGUACUUAAAAGCCAUAGGCUAAUAAACUUAUGGCCUUCAUAAAAACAAUUUAAGAACAAAAAGUACAAUAAAGUAUCUCAAGAAUAUCAAAUACAAUUCUUUUAUAAAAAAGUCUAUUAUUUGUAGCUAUUUACCGCUGACAAGUUCCUGACAUUGCGAAAGGUUAUGAACUAGAGAUCAGUAAAUAAGCGGUUUUUUUUAGAUUUUAGUCGACCAAUCAAAAACCAAGAUAUUCAUCGAUCCAAGAAUUUGUUGGAAACCUGUCAAAAACCUGUUAAACUACCUAAAAUAGCACAGACCUUAUCUUAAUGAGACUCCUCGGCAUUUCAUUCAUGACUGAUAAACACAACAGGUUAUGACGUCAUCAGCGUUAAUGUAUUCCUCCGCUAGUUAAUGAAAAUCUUCCAUAAAAAGGUUCAACAGGUCCCUAUUAUUUUACUCAUAUGCGUGUUUAUAGCAACCUGUUUAAAUUAAUUCUAAAGAACCCGGGGAACGUGUCUAAAACACAUUUCUAAAAAGGACCGAGAGUGUUACCGUUGGCUUACCUGCUGAUUUUGUUUAUUUUUUCUUUUUGCGAUGCAAAGUUGGAAGAACAGCUGCGAGUUAAAGAACUGUAAGUACUUUAUCUUUUAUUUUGCUUUUAGAAGUAGUAAUUUUACCAAUAAUAUUCCCCCCACUGGUGAGGACCAGAAUGAAGGCUUUUUGGAAUACAGGGUAUAAAAAGGCCAAACAUCGUUUAAAGGUCAAAGAUAACUUUAGAAUAAAAUUAAAGGUAAAAAAAAUUAACAAAAUUGAUACCAAGAAAAUAAAGGACGGCACCCCUCUGAGUGAAUUUAUUAUAUCUCAUCUAUCUUAUUGGUUUUAACUAUUACCUGACUUGUAACCUAUUUAGCAAUUGGUGAAUGAGGCUGAGUAGGAUAUGAAGAAUUAAGCGAUCAAGGAGGGUGUUUGCCACCGAUGCCAAAGGCCGAGGUGGAUAACACCCUCCGAGGUCUGCUUAAUUCUUCAAAUUCUAUGAAAGCCGAAUUCAUUAAUUCCUUCAUUAUUCAUUCAAAAUAAUUCUUAGUUUAAAAACAUAGCUAAAACAUGCUUACCUGUAUCGAUGUUAAGUUCAUUUGCGAUAGUGUACGUUUCGGUUUGUCCAGCUCCGCAAAUAUUCUGCAAAUAGUCGCCCUCCGAGUUGUCUUCUUGCUGUUUUUGCCAUGUUUUAGCUAUUAUUUCGCCUAGUUCCAGCUGUAGUUCUUACUCUUGAAACGAGUGAAAUGUCCGCCAUUUUUUUUCAGAACCAAAACAACUCAACUUCGUCCCCAGGUCUUAUCUGUAACUGUGUCUUAACCUGUAGCAGUCUUCAUUUUUGACCUCAUUUCCUCAUCAGUAACUGGUUAUGGUGAAUUAUGCGCGUGCUUUUAGCCAGUCAGAAUUGGGGGAAAUAUUUUGAAUGAAUAAUAAAUACAACAUUUAAUCCCUCCUCCCCAAGGUCUCCUUAGCGUCAUUAAAAGGAACCGCAAUAACUGAUGAUUUCUUUAAAUUGUUUCAUUUUAGCACUGCUUCAAAGACCAUAAACGGACUGAAAGAUAAGGUAUCUUGUCUCUAGCUUGAACACUUUGAAUAUGGCUGAAACAAACAAACAAAAAAAAGAAUUGUCUCAUAGGAUAGGCCUCAAUCAAAAGAUACAGCUUUUCUUCUGUGAACUGGUUUCUUGUUCUUUUUUCAGACGUGAUUUUCUGUAGUACUUGUCAUCUUAGUACUCCACAAUGAAGAGAACGAUUUAAUAACUGAGCUUUCGACCUCAACUGAGUCUUGUUCACUUCUGCGCCGGCAGGUGUCAUGUCCAGCGCAUAAAGUGCAACGAUUGAUGAAUCUACACAAGUCUAUUAGCUUGUUAUAGUAAGGCAGAAGAAUUAUAGAAAAUCAUCUUUAGUAUAAACUACUAACGAAAGUUGUUUUUUUUAAAUUGCAGGUCGCCUUUUACAAGUCAUCUUACCAGAAAACCAACAAAGAGUAAGUAAGACAAUCUUACAACAUGUAGGUAGAAAAAAAUCUUUAAAGCCUCUUUUCUUGUAUAAUUACGUUAACUUUUAAAGAAACUUCCUGAAUGGAAGGGCUUUAUAGUUCGAGAUAACACAAGGCACAAGAGGCACAAGAAACAUCGGUCUGCAUGCUGAACGUAUUUAGAUCUUGGAUGACCGAGUUCAAAAAUAAUAAUAAUAAUAAUAAUAAUAAUGGCUUUAUUAAGCAUUUCUAGUAGGUGACUCUUCAUCAUCUAACCCUAACCCUAACCUUCGUAGAAUUACAGAUUAUUGAUUUCUUGCUCCCGUUAACGUUUGAUUUGUGUGAAAUCAGGAGCUUUUGGCGUUGCUUUCGUUCCCGUUGGCCGCCGGCCGGAGAAACCGAGAGAAUCAAAGAGAAGCGCUAUGAUGCCGGAGCUUCCAUGAGCUCAGAUAAUCGUGAAAGAAAUACCAUAAACUGCCGCUAAUAACCCCCUUCCCCCAAUUUGCUAUUCAGUCUUUCUAAAUAUCAUGAUGUCUUUUUAUUUUCUUUCAGUUUAGGCAUUGCUAAUCAAGAGAAACGUUCCUUGGCCCAACGUUGUGAGUUAUGGAAGAACAAAUUUAAGAAAAGCUCUCAGGAAAAAGAUCUGGUUUGUGAAGUUGCAGAGAAAGACAAAGCCGUUCUUUCUAGGAAGAUCAAGGCACUUAAAACCAAAUGCAUUAACAGAAAAAAGAUCAUUCAGGUAAAAGAAUGAAAGCUUGAUAUAUUUAAUUGAAAAAAUAUAGCUUCAUUUGUGACUGCAAAUGCAGUGGCCCUGUUAACGUAGCUAUAAAAGACUGCAAUUUAGUCGAUUAGUUAGCUCUACUCAGUCGCAAGGCUGGCAGUACAGUCUAAGAGCCUUUAAAGACUUUUUAAAAAGAGUUGACCACACAUGGAUAGCAUUUGAAAUCUACUUCAAGAAAGUAAACAUUUGACAUUUGUGGCAAUCUUUGAGGCAAUCUUUGAUGUGAUAACUUUUCUUUGAAUUAUCAGAAAACAACCAUGCUUUUUAUUGUAAAUGGGUAAUUGACCAAUUGGAGCGCUCGGUUUACCUUGUGAAAUUAAUUGAAACUAUUUGUCCUUUGCAUGAGGGAAAUAGCGAUGUACAAACCUAAGAUGACCUCACCAUGAACUAGAGGAAAUUAAAAGAAGCUUAUUAAUUUUUUUAGUCUAACCUUGCUCCUGAUCUUAGCUCAUCCCUUCUCUUUUGUUUCAUUCUUUAGACUGAGAAGGCAGCAAAGACUGAAUUGCUAGAGUGAGUAACUCGGCUUGCCAACUUUUAGUUGUCACUAUAAAAUACGGUCUACAGCAAUUACAGAAAUUUUUAUGACAAGAACUGGGAUAAUUUAGACCUUAAAUUAGAGCUAAGAGUGCAUGUUUUAAAAGAAAACUCUUCUGCUGUAGUCUAGAGGGCAUCCACGCUACAAAUCGGCCACUUCCGGCUUUUUCUAAAACGUUUUCUGCAAUUAUUAGAUAAUCAACGAUUUACGACUAAAAUUCCAGAGGUGGGAGAUCGAUUAUGAUGAUUGUAGUACUCUGCAGACAUAUACCACACCGGUGACGACGGCCUGUUGGAGUCGUAAAUAGAAGGAUAUAGGAUUUCACUGAUGAUCUAUGGUGAAAACAGCCUUUCGAUUCCAUUUACAACGCCGUUGUAGGAAAAACAAAGGUUGUUGAUGUUUUUUUAAAAUAAAUAGGCUAAUUUUCGAGGACAUAACUAGCUCUAAAAUCUAAAAUUCCUACAUGUAUUUUAUUCGUACACAAAAUUAAAGGUUGCCCGCAACUCCGAUCCCACAGGUAUGUAAGUUUGACCGUUAGGGUUCUGGGUGCAAAAUGUUUCAAGACUAGUGCAAGUCCAAGUCCAACACGUGGGAAAUAAUAUUAUUCAGUCUUUAAAUGUUUAACAUCUACCCUUUUAUAGAAAUAAUGCGAAUCUCAGGAGAGAAUUAGCGGCAUUUAAGAAGCAAAACGUUCUCCUCAUGCAAGAAGUUGAUUUCCUCAAAGAACAGGUUGGUAAAUAAAAAUUUUAUACUUGUUUUUAAUUUUUUUUUCGAAAGAUUUUCUUCGGGAGAAUUUCCCAGUUUAACAAUAGGGAGCUUAAGCAACGACGACGGCAACAGCAGCGAGAACGGCAAAAAGCUAAGCAAUAGAACACGCUGUUUAGAUUGGCAAAACAACAACUUUGCACGCGUAUCACGCUUCUUUUGUACAUUUUUUGUCGUCUUUACACGACUACAACGACUACAACGUUAAAGUGCCUAAAUCCGCGUUUUCUCGAGGACAGUAACACAAGACAACAAUUUUUUUUUCCUUUUCCUGAACUUUGAUACAGUCCUUUAGAAUUCAACUCUAAAGACUUUUGUCAACAUUUGAUGAGAUGGAAUAAGCGCGAUAAAGUUUGAAGCAGCGUCAAGAAAUGGUAGAUUACGGUUUUUGAAUUAUUGAUUGAAAUUGUUCUGUAUCUUUCAGAAUUACAAUCUGCGAUACUAUGGAGGAGUAGUUGGAAGAUUCCGAAGAAUGAAACGCUUUAUCGUAAAUACUUUUCAACGAUUUUCAUUAUAA